AUGAGCCACUGUGAACCUUAUGUGACAAGGAACAACAACUGUCCCAUUACAUCUGUGCGCAAUGAGAGUCAGGACUACCUGCUCAUGGAGAUAGAAGAUGGAGUAGAUAACUUAACGCAUCCUUAUGGAUUAUACCCCAUACGAAGCACUGAAACUAGACUGUCCCAUCGACGGCAAACAAUACUUAGAGAAAAGGGCAGAAGACAAGCUAAUCGAGGACCAGCCUAUAUGUUCAGUGACCGUUCUACAAGUCUUACAGCUGAUGAAGAACGAUUUCUGGAUGCGGCAGAGUAUGGGAAUAUCCCAGUAGUUCGGAAAAUGUUGGAGGAGUGUCAUUCGUUAAAUGUUAACUGUGUGGAUUACAUGGGUCAGAGUGCUUUACAGUUAGCGGUAGCCAAUGAACACUUGGAAAUUACAGAACUUUUGCUUAUAAAGGAAAACUUAGCAAGAGUUGGUGAUGCCUUACUUCUGGCAAUCAGCAAAGGAUAUGUUCGGAUAGUGGAAGCAAUACUUGGUCAUCCUUCAUUUGCUGAAGGAAAACGACUCACAACGAGCCCCAGCCAAUCAGAAUUCCAGCAUGAUGAUUUCUACGCAUAUGAUGAAGACGGAACUAGAUUUUCUCAAGAUAUUACACCAAUUAUUCUUGCUGCCCAUUGUCAAGAGUAUGAAAUAGUUCACACACUGCUGAGAAAAGGAGCUCGCAUUGAAAGACCUCAUGACUACUUUUGUAAAUGUGCAGAAUGCAAUGAAAAACAAAAAAAUGACUCAUUCAGCCAUUCUAGAUCUCGAAUCAAUGCUUACAAAGGACUUGCAAGCCCAGCAUAUCUUUCUUUAUCCAGUGAAGAUCCUGUUAUGACGGCUUUGGAACUAAGUAAUGAGUUGGCUGUUUUAGCAAAUAUUGAAAAAGAAUUCAAGAAUGACUACAAAAAAUUAUCUAUGCAAUGCAAGGACUUUGUUGUUGGGCUUCUCGAUCUGUGCAGGAACACAGAGGAAGUGGAAGCCAUUUUAAAUGGGAAUGUAGAUACAAACCACAGCAAUAUAGAGGCAGAUGGCCGGCCAAGCCUUUGUCGUUUAAAACUUGCUAUUAAGUAUGAGGUUAAAAAGUUUGUCGCUCACCCAAACUGCCAACAACAACUUCUUUCAAUUUGGUAUGAAAAUUUAUCAGGUUUAAGGCAGCAGACGACAGCAGUAAAAUUUCUGGUUGUUUUAGCUGUUGCAGUUGGACUACCGUUCCUUGCUAUGGUUUACUGGAUUGCACCAUGCAGCAAGCUGAGUAAAAUAAUGCGUGGACCUUUCAUGAAGUUUGUAGCACACGCAGCGUCCUUCACUAUCUUCCUUGGUCUUCUAGUUAUGAACGCAGCUGACAGAUUUGAAGGCACCAAAAUCCUUCCUAAUGAAUCGUGCACAGAUAAUACACAACAAAUUUUUAGAAUGAAAACAACGUCCUUCUCUUGGAUGGAAUUACUUAUUAUUUCAUGGGUAAUAGGUAUGAUAUGGUCAGAAUGUAAAGAAAUUUGGUCUCAAGGUCCCAGGGAAUAUUUAUUUGAGUUAUGGAAUAUUUUGGACUUUGGAAUGCUGGCAAUCUUUGCAGCCUCUUUCAUUGCCAGGUUUAUGGCGUUCUGGCACGCUUCCCGAGCACAAAACUUUGUUAAUGAUGAGAACAUCAAAGACUUGACAAGUGCAACGCUGCCUCCUGAAAUAAAAUACUACACUUAUGCUAGAAUAAAAUGGCUGCCAUCGGAUCCUCAAAUUAUAUCCGAAGGACUCUAUGCAAUUGCAGUAGUCUUAAGUUUUUCCAGAAUCGCCUACAUUUUACCAGCAAAUGAAAGUUUUGGGCCUCUGCAAAUCUCACUUGGAAGGACUGUGAAAGACAUCUUCAAAUUUAUGGUUAUAUUUAUUAUGGUGUUUGUGGCCUUUAUGAUUGGAAUGUUUAAUCUUUAUUCCUACUAUCUUGGCGCUAAACAAAAUGAUGCCUUUACCACAGUUGAAGAAAGUUUUAAAACCCUAUUCUGGGCGAUAUUUGGACUCUCGGAAGUGAAAUCGGUUGUCAUUAAUUAUGGACACAAGUUUAUUGAGAAUAUUGGUUAUGUCCUUUAUGGAGUAUACAAUGUUACGAUGGUGAUUGUUUUAUUGAACAUGCUCAUUGCAAUGAUUAACAACUCCUUUCAAGAGAUUGAGGACGAUGCUGAUGUAGAAUGGAAGUUUGCCAGGGCCAAAUUAUGGUUUUCCUACUUUGAAGAAGGAAGAACACUUCCAGUCCCAUUCAAUUUGAUUCCAAGUCCUAAAUCAUUCAUCUACAUUGCACUUAAAAUUAAAGCUUUUCUAUAUAAAAUAUUUUCAUGCUACACUAAAGAUUUACAGGAAGAUUCAGAGAUGAAUAAGCUUGGUCAGAGUAAACAUUCAAGCAUCAGAAGUUCGGAAGAUGGAAACUUAAAUAACAUAAGUCAUCCACCUUCAAAAUAUCAGAAAAUAAUGAAGCGCCUUAUUAAAAGAUAUGUGUUAAAAGCUCAGAUAGACAAGGAGAGCGACGAGGUCAAUGAAGGGGAAUUAAAGGAAAUCAAACAAGACAUCUCAAGUCUUCGAUAUGAACUUCUUGAAGAAAAAUCUCACAACACAGAGGAUCUUGCAGAACUAAUUCGAAAACUUGGAGAGAGAUUAUCAAUUGAACCAAAACAUCAAUAGUACAACAAAUAUCUGUCAUUCAAAACAUAAUAUGAUUAUACGUAACUAUCCCUUUAUAUCUCUGCUUACCUUAACCAAGAGCUUAGUGAAUGCAUUUUUAUAUUUAAUGACAGGAAUACGAUGCCUUAAAAUUUUGGUUUGCAUAUGAAACUAAAGAGUUAAUAAAUAUCCUCACUAUCU